UCUCCUGUAUUUGCAUUCCCAGUGAAACAACAUAAGUGAAUCAAAGGACUGUUUUAAAACCAAAGAGUGAGGGGAUUUCUUGAAAGAAGACAAAGAAGCAGAUGGUUCAAAGGAAAUUCAAACAAAGGUGACCCUAGAAAGCUUGAAAUGGCAGAUGCUCUUAGAUACCAGCAAUGCAGUGGUUCAUUCUGGCUUACCUUGAUUGCUCUUUGUCAGCUAAAUUAUGGGCAAGUCCACUAUUCCAUUCCUGAGGAAGUCCAGAAAGGCUCUUUUGUGGGGAAUAUUGCUGAGGACCUGGGACUCAGUUCCCAAGAACUGUCAGCCAGCCGAGUUCGCAUCAUUUCUGAAGGUAUGCUCCAAUAUUUUAUCUUGAAUUUUAAGAAUGGGCAUUUGUAUGUCUCUGAAAAAAUAGACAGAGAUGAACUAUGUGGGUGGGAAGAGAAAUGCAUGUUAAGUCUGGAAAUCCUUGUUGAGAAUACAGUGAGGAUAUUCACUGUUGAAAUUGAAAUCACAGAUAUAAAUGAUAAUGCUCCAACUUUUGCACAGGAGCGUUUAGAACUAAGGAUAAGUGAAACAGCCAAUGUAGGGACCCAUUUCCCCUUGCAAGAAGCUCAGGAUGCUGACAGUGGAAACAAUUCACUUCAGAACUAUCAUCUGAGCAGCAACAAAUAUUUCUCCCUGAAACUGCAGAGGAGAUCUGACGGAGACAAAUAUCCAGAACUGGUACUAGUUAAACCCUUGGACCGGGAAGAAGAAGCUGUUCACUUUCUAAUCCUAACUGCCACUGAUGGUGGACAGCUUGUGAGGUCGGGCACUCUGCAGAUCUGCAUAGUGGUUCUUGAUGUAAAUGACAAUGCACCAGUUUUCAGCCAAUCUGCCUAUCAAGUGAGCAUUUUGGAAAGUGUUCCCAUAGGUUAUCUGCUGGUGACUGUAAAUGCUACAGAUGCAGAUGAAGGGACAAAUGCUGAGGUGACUUACUCAUUCUUAAAAAUAAAAGAGAAAGCAUCACAACUCUUUGAAAUAAAUUCUAGAAGCGGAGAAAUAACAACAACAGGAAAGCUGGACUAUGAAGAAAUCGCAUUACAUGAAAUCGAUGUUCAAGCAAAGGACAACGGAGGUCUCUCUGACAGGGCUAAAGUACUGAUAAAAGUUAUUGAUAUUAAUGACAAUAUCCCCAAGAUAACAGUCACAACCAUUUUUAAUUCAAUCAGUGAAGGGAGCUCUCUAGGAACAGUGGUCGCUCUACUAAACAUACAAGACAGAGAUAUGGGUGAGAAUGGAGAGGUCAUAUGCUCAGUACCAACAGCUCUUCCCUUCCAUUUGCAGAAAUCUUUUGAUGACUAUUAUCAUCUGAUUACGGACAGACUCCUUGAUAGGGAAGACGUACAGAACUAUAGCAUAACUAUCACUGCUACAGACAAAGGGAGCCCUCCAUUAUCAGCCUCUGCAAUGCUUUUUUUGGAAAUUUCAGAUGUAAAUGACAAUGCUCCUGUCUUCAGUAAGAUGCACUAUGUUUCCUAUAUAAUUGAAAAUAAUUCCAGAGGUGAGCCGGUGUGCUUUAUGAAAGCAAGUGACCCUGAUUUUAUGGAAAAUGCCACGGUUACCUUUUCAAUCACUGAAGGAGGUACCAACACCUCAGUUCUGUUCUCUUACCUGUCUAUUAACUCAGAGACUGGAGUAGUAUAUGCUUUGAGCUCUUUUGAUUAUGAAGAAAUCCGGGAGAUUCAGUUCUGGGUCAAGGCCCAGGAUGGGGGCUCCCCACCACUCAGCUCUAAUGUCUCUGUGACUCUUUUUAUCUUGGAUCAGAAUGACAAUGCACCAGAAAUCCUCUACCCUUCCCCUCCGACUGAUGGCUCCACUGGGUUAGAGUUGGCCCCUCGCUCCUCUGAACCAGGAUACCUGGUCACUAAGGUGGUGGCAGUUGAUGCAGAUUCUGGCCAGAAUGCCUGGCUCUCCUACCAACUGACCAAGGCCACAGAACCAGGGCUCUUCACUCUGGGUCUCCAUACAGGAGAGAUCAGGACAGCCCGGUUCCUUUUAGAGAAAGAUGCCCUGAAGCAAAGCCUGGUGGUUUUGGUGAAGGAUAAUGGUCAGCCCACUCUCUCUGCCUCUGUCACUAUCACCGUGGUGCUGUCUGACAACAUUCCAGACAUAUUGACUGAUCUCAGCAGCAUCUCAGUCCUUGUAGACCCCCCAUCUGACCUCACCUUCUAUCUAGUGAUCGCAGUGGCUUUUGUCUCUUGCUUGUUUUUGACCUUCCUCCUUGUGUUACUAGCCAUUAAGUUGUAUAGAUGGAGAAAUUCUCAGCUGUGUGACACUGGAAAUGUGAAUUUCAACGGUGUUCCAGUUUCACAAUUUGUGGGGAUUGAUGGAGUCCGAGCAUUUCUUCAGUCUUAUUGCCAUGAAGUUUCUUUGACUUCGGGCUCUCGUAGAAGCCAGAUUUUUUUUCCAAUUGGAAGCUGUACAAAUACAUUGACACCACAGCAAGCUCCGAGUAAACCAGAUCCUUUGUUAAUAACAGGAGAUUCAAAUCCACAGCAAGCUCCAAGUAAACCAGAUCCUUUGUUAAUAACAGGAAAUUCAAAUACCUGUAAGGAAGAUACAGCUGUCAGUCAGGUGAGCAUAUACAUUCCAAUAGUUCUACUUUAUUUUAGAGUUAACAUCAUCAGUGUUUAGAUAUG